UACAAUAUACACAGCUCGUCAACACAAUCCGCACACAAACCGGCAGCGAGAGAACUCAGAUGUCGCAGCAGAUCGCUGGAGAGGAGCAAUCACUAUGAAUCGCAAUCGAAUCAACCAGAUGCGGCAAAUGGACCGGGGUCAGGAGGGUCUGCAGCAAGUCAUCCAAAUUCAGCGUCAGCAGGGUCAGCUGGGCAACCAGCACAACCAGCAGAACCAGGGCCCAGCUCCGACCGUCCAGACAGUCCGUCGCAAGACGACCUACACCAGGACGGAGAUGCUGUCGCGUGGUCUGCCCACCGUGCACAACACCAAUCGAUCGGCUCGAAACUGCGCGACAGCUGGGCAGGAUUGGAGCAGUCAAAUGUCGCCGAAACAGCGCUACACACAACCGCCGAAGGCCGUCAUCCCGGUCAUUGGUCCAUUGGUCCAAAGCACCAAUGCCACCAAUACCACCAACGCCACCAACAAGAGCAGCACACUCGGCAGGCAGCGGAGUUUCCUGCCCCGUGUGGCUAGAUUGCCGAACAAGGCGGAUAAGUCGCCCAGCAGGACACAAAAUCGCGUGGCACGGACCACUGAGCUCCCAGUGGAGCAGUCGAAACAGCCGGUGGGCAAUCACAAGGGCGUGCAUUUAAUGAAUAAUACACCGCAUGACAGCGAUAGCAGCAUGUUGGCCACCAGUGGAGAUAACCUAAUCAGCGAGAGCAGCAGCUCCAUGGAGCAUCACAAGAUCAAGUUGGCCAAGGCCAUUCGCUUGCCGGAUGAUCAGAACAAGAGUUUCGUCUACGUCUGCAAGCCGGUGAAGAAGGUCAAAGCUUUGAUGACCGCCCGCAGAUUGCGAACUAGCACUGAGCACUUGAAUGGACUGAAGGAGGGCGAGUUUUGCUUGCAGAACGAGGAGACGUACAAGCUACAGAGGAGCAUAUCCGAGGAGGCGAUACGCAGCAAGGGCGCUGGCGAAGGAUACACCCUGACGCCCGUCGAGGGGCUGGCACAGACGUCGAGUACCUCCAGCCAGUUGGAUAGCCCCACAUUGGCGGCCAUGCUGCAGCGGCAGCAGCAAUUUGAGGCCAAAGCGGUUUGCAGUCAGGAGCGUUUGAGGAUCCAGUUGCGGGAGGUGCGCCAGAGGCAGCGCCAGUUGCGCCAACUGGAGCGGGAUCAGUGCGAAAGGGAGCAGCGCCAGUUGGAAUUGGAUCAGAUGUGCCAGAAUCUGCCCGCUCUGCAGCAUGAGAUACACAUGCUGCAGCAGUUGAGCGAAAAACUGGAGGCGACAAUACGCGUAUCCAGUAUACCCAAGCCGAGGAGCACUGUAAUCAUCGCGGAUAUAAGCCAGCAGUCCUCCGGUCGCUUCUACACACCGCGUACAAGUCCAUAUCAACUGAACGAGCUGCCGCUUAGGAAACUGGGUUGUCUGCGCGUCGAACAGAUGGCAGUCAUUCAACUGAGGGCACGCAACAUGGGCACGGUAUGCCAUGUGGGUUUGGUUCAAGAGUUUCGCAUUGAGACCAAAACGCUCAAUGAGCUGAAGACAGCGGAUGAGUCGCAAUGCUUCUAUUUGCCAGUGCCCAAAGUGGAGCCAGCACUGACCGCCGCCAACGAAGCUGAUCCCCUGCAGCCCACCAAUUUUCGCAAGCUACGAGAGAAUCCCAAUAUGCUGCUGCAGCAGCUGCGACAAGUGCCCGGCACUGCGAGACCCUUCAACCUCUUGGAUCAGGACACCAUGUUCUUCAAUAGUCUGGCCUAUGCGGACCCAAAAACUUUGGCGGCUAACAGUGCGGCUGGGCAACUCGAGAUGACCGCACGAGAGAUGGGUGGCGGCGCAGCAACCCUGGCCCAUUAUGGCCAUGGUGCCAUUGCCUAUUCACGCCUCUCGGUGCGGGUUAACGAAGUGGGCGUGGCGCCUACUGCCGCAGUGAAAACAGCAGAACAGGGCGAUCGGUUAACAGGAGCAAUUGAAUGCCCUAUCCGGGUGAAUAAUACCACUCAAACGGAUGUUCGAGUGCCCAGGCUGGGCAAACUGCAACUGGAAACAGAAACGGAAAUCAGUUCAUCCCAUCCCAGUCCCAGGCUGAUCAAGCGCAAGAAACUGGAGGAGGUUAGAGCCAAGGUGCGUGGUCAAGAUGUGAGGGAACCCGAUCCCGGACCGAGACCAAUGCAGACCAGGAAUACAAUGCGUCGGCGAGCACCCGAGCCGCCGAUUCGGUGUCGCGUGGAGCCCAAGGUUCGAUUGAAGUUGUUCAAAACCGUGUUGGUGGGAAUGGUCCAAGUUGCUGUUAUACUAGUUCUCAUCAUGGCCUUCACCUAUCCGGAUGUUAGCUGCUGAGCCACAAAACCAUCGAAACAUUCAACGAACCCCCGGGCUUUAGUCAAAGCUUAGUAAAUGCAAAAAAGAAAAAAAAAGAAAAGAGAGUAAGCAGGGUAAUGGCUAUAAAGGCAAGCAGCUGGAAAAGCAGAAGAUGCAAACCCAAACCACUAAAAUCGUUGAUAACCGAUUCGGUGUUUGAUAUCACACACAUAUGUUUUCGAAUUGAUUGUUUUCUUACUGUGCCCGAGCGAUGCCAAGUCGAGCAAUGUUAAUAAAAUUUCACGUGUAUUGCGAACCGUUAGCGCCCCAGCACCAAAACCGAUACGCUGCCCAUCGGUUCUGUAUCGGUUAGGCGAAGCGGUUAAGCGAAACAAUAUAAAAGCA